AUGAAAUUUAAGCACAUCUUCUACCGUCUGCAACGAUCCUUUCGUCGUAAAAAAGGCAGGAAAGUCAGUUCUAAGAAAAAUGUCAACAAGUCGAAGAUUCGCCUGACAUCCCAAGAGAGUCGGUCGGACGCUAAGCCAGUCAAACAUGUUCCCAUCGACGAGCUCCAGAGGUCGGUAGACAGCCAAGAUACAUCCCUGUUCUUCACCAAGUUACCAAUAGAGCUUCGACUCAAGAUCUAUCGUGAGGUCUGGGCCGAUUUUUUAAAGAGUCGCCUCCCUAUUCCAGGCCAUCCUGGAACCGGCUUCCGUCUGCACAUCCAUUCGACGGAAAAGGCUGGUUCGCCCUUCACUCACACCCGCUGCAAGGUUCAGCUCGAAAACCCUGGAGCUCUGAUGACUGCCCAUGGGCCAGACUUACUGGUGUUUUCCGGUGAAUCGCAAGAACAUCUGCCAGCAUCAUACUGGUCUGAAUGGAUCACCAAGCUGCAUUGGGGCAGGCACUGGGCUUGUCGGAAGCAAAAUUAUCGGUGCUUGAAGACUGAGGCCGCGCCGUUCCUGCCGCUGUGGCUGAGUUGCAAGAGGAUCUAUCUUGAGGCUGCCCCAGCCUUCUUUGAGGAGACUACCAUCGUGUUCACCUCUUCACCCGAACUCCUCCGUUUCAUCAAUCCCAUGAAUACCCCCAUCAACCCCUUCUUCUCCCAUAUUCGUUCCCUAGAACUCUCCAUCUUCAACCCCUACGACCUCCUCUACCUCAUCCCUAUCUGCUACCCGAUCGUCAUGAGCAUGAAUCCGCACUACACUGAAGCCUCAUCGCUUUCAACCGACGACACAAUGGCCGACUCGCUCUCUGUCCACGCCGGCUCCGAUGCAUCAUCUUCGUCGCCAUCAUCGCCAUCCUCCUCUCCCCACUCUUUCUCCUCCACAAUCUCCUCUCCCGCAGACCCCCUCCUCAACCAAAUGGGCUUCGGCUACGAAGUCAUCGGAGAUGACACGAUCAUUAUGGCUACGGUCGCCCGCUCGUACAAUGCCGGUGCAGCCAUGUGGAUUGAGCUGACUGCUGCCAUGCGUGCUGCAUGUCCCGCGUUGAGGGACCUGGUGCUGGUGUUUGGAGGGCGGAUGCCUGAGCGGGAGGCUGUGCUGGCGACGUUUGGUGGGAUUUGGGAGGGGUCUGAGGAGGGUGUCGGCUCCCGAGAUGAAAUACUGCAGGCGGCAGACGUUGUAGGUGCGACUGUUGCUGGUCCGUCGCACUCGGCGGUGAUUAUGAGCACCGUGGGUGGGCAGAGGAGUCCGGCCCCGGUCCCAGGUGGAGUGUGGGUGCUGUCAGGGAAGCUGAGGAUAGAUUUUAGGGUUGAAGGAGAGAUUUAUGUGCAGCAGGGAGGUAAGCUGGUCAAGGUGAUAGGGGACACGAUGGAGUGA